CGGUGAAGAAAAUGCUAGUGGAUAAAUAUUGUUUUUUUUCCCUUCCCGCUUUGCUGCGCCCUAUAUAACCCCCCCCCCUCCGGGAAAUUAUGCCGUCCUCCUGUUUCCAUUCCUCACAUUGACAGCGUCGGCCUCUCUUCGUCGUCGUCGUCGUCGUUCUUCACAUAAUUGUCAUUUCUUCGUCUUGCUUGCUUUGCUGGCACCUAUUUUGUCGCCUGCUGCCUGUGCAUCGCCAGGCUUUUUAUUUUUUCUACCUCAACGCGUUAUAAUCUUCACCGCUGCCUUGCAAAGCAGUGAUUUUGUUCCAGCCUUCCAGUCCGUCGCGCACCGUACUGAAUAUGUCGCCGAAGCCAGCCGAAGUCGUUUUCUCACCUGAUGUCAAGAACAUGGAUGAAUGGGCGAGGCGGACUCGGAUGUCGCUGACGACGGCAGACGCUUUGGGAGCGACCUAUGCGCGUGCACAGCCGUGGUUCGAGCAUCUGAAGCAGCAGCUGGUGGUCGAGCACAAGUGGCGAGAGGUUCAACGAGACAGUCGUAUGCUCUUUACCCUCGAGAACGGCUCUAUCUGGAGCUCAACUACCGGCCACCCUGCUGGCCCACCGCUCAAGCUCCAGCUCCCUGUCCAUGCGAGCUCCUUCUUCUCGCCCGACCGACGCGUCCAAUGGCAGAUGGUCUUUCACAGUGAUAUCUUCGAGUCGGUCCGCAAGAUCUGUCCUCCCAUUGCCGAUAUCCUCUACCUUCUGCAGUGUCUCCUUCCAGGAAUGGUCACGCUUGUCUUUGAGGAACACAUGCCAGGUCAGGGCAUCUACAGGACAACCCGUGGGUUGCCGCCUGACUCGUGGGUCAACAAGAACGAGCGCCAGCUUGUCAGAGUCGUGGGUAUCGACCGCUUCAGGGACCUGCGUCGUGCAUGCAGCGACACCGCACUCUCGUAUUCGCUCCAGGUCAUCCGGCAGUGAAACUGUUACCAUUUACCUUGACGCCGUAAUCGACAACUGCUCCCAUAAUACCACCAAUAUCACCCGUACACUAAUCGUAUGCUCCACCGCGCUUAAUUCUCUCUUGCAUCGUUGCUGUCACAUAUUGCUUUCCAAUCUUGCAUCACCACUUGCUACUUACUUAGAUCCGUUAUAUUUACUGACUGACUUCACUUGACGCACGUAAAUUAAAAUUUCACUGCACUUUGAUCUAUUCCAGCAUCUAAUUCGAUUCACAGUAUGUAUUAUCCAGUUUUGUUUUCCGUAGCUUUCAGAUACGGUACUCGUCGAGUAAUAUGGUAGCCUCUGGUUAUUUACAAUAAAUUACAAGUUUAGGCAGAAC